GUUUUGGUAACAAUAGUGAUCAUGGUGAUUGAGCAAAAUGUAUUCGCCGUCUACACCACGUUCCGGGUGGACUUUUGGGUCGGCUCGCGAGCGGUUUUGCUUGCUGCUCUUUUAAAAAGUUCUAAACCCUUUUCAAACAUCGUAAGGACAGUGCUCAAAGUUGAGAUCUCUCAGAUUAUCGAUGUCAGCUCCGGUCGGACCAGGAAGCAGCAGGAAAGCCGAACAACCACGCACAAACUCGGCUCCUAACGACCAUCUGCCGGCUCUAGCUUCAUUGGACCCGAGAGAUCUCACCGGCGCGCCGAGAUGUAGACAUUGGAUCCCUACACAGAGCUAUAUUUACGCAUCGCUCUACACCCUUGCAGCUUUAAAGUUGAGGCUGUGAUGAGCAGGUGUUUGACACGAUCUGAGAGCAUCUGUGAAUUCGUUGCGAGCCGGAAGUAUGGACGUUCUUCGAGCCUGCCAACAGACGGUCAGCAUCUGGCAGCAUACAAUCAUCCCAAGCCACUGUUGAUACAUUGUUUGCCGGUGUCCUCAGCCCAGGCUUCAGGGGGGCGGGCGGGGUCGGCUUGAAGCCUCUAUGGCCUUACAAGCAGCUAAUUCAUCAGCUUUGAGGUCGUAGUGCUGAAUGACCUGACUUCCAGUCCCAGGUGACCCGAAACUGGGAUUAAUAUGGCACAUGAAAACAUCUUGCCGCCUUGAAGCAGAAAAAGGCUAUACGAACUCGAGGGAGAUGGUGCGGAAAACCUACCCGAAAUAUCCGCCGAUACCCUGCUUUGCGCGCCUCAGCUGUGGGCUAUGGAUGACUACGUCCACGCGGCUGUGGAGGGCCUUGCACCCGGAACCGCCGUCAUACGGCUGUAAGAACUCUUCACUGCUGGGCCUUAUUGCUGUGACGUAAGACCCAGACAGGGGAUGAUCAAAACGUGAUCAGGUGGUGAAGGAGGACAAUUGUCACCUCUGCGAACGCGCGUCAGGAAAUCCACCUAGAAGACACGUCCACCAAGCCGAUAAAGACGAGAGGUUCGAGUCAAUAUAGGGCCACUACACCGAGUGGCUGCGGCUAAAGAAUUCAAGGCGCGGCUGAAGGAUCCAGUCAUAGACGGAACCCCUCCAACAUGCUCUUUAUUCCGUGCGAGGGUUUGGUACCCAAUCCUUUAGGCUCGUCUCGCGUAGGGCUGAGCCACGAGGUGAGGCCGAGAAAAUAAGCAAAAUCAUAGGUCCAGAUCCAAAGAAUCACUAGCUGCUGAGCGUUUGGAUUAAGCUGUUCCACGGUCUACCUUCGUUCCCGACCCUCCUUCCAUUUCUACCCCUGUCUUAUCACUGUUCCAGCUUCCCUCCCCCUGUAAGAAUUUGGUCUCUGUCUAACUUGUCCAUUCAAACGUUCGCGGCUCUACUCCACUAUCGACACCAUUGAUACAUCCAUCUGUUGGUCUUCGCCGGUCAUCAAGAGAUGAAACUCGAAGCUCAAGUUCCUUCCUGCUUCCUUCUAGAGGCCAAUUCACAUCGAGCCGCACAACCUUGCCGCCGUCUUUCGCCGAGUUUGUCAACUUUCACCUGCCAGGAUAUCCGAUUUUCAGCUGCACCAACUUUAGGCAGACCGAGAUUAGAAGCUGUAAUCUGCUCUCGGUAAGGACCAUGUCAGAGAAAAUACGGAAGAAGCUAGCUCAGCUGGCAUCAGCAGACCAUGGCCUCGGUAACGGACCAACAGGCGAGGUGGCGUGUCGUUGGAACUUUCCUAGCUGCCUACAGCUACGAGAUGAUGUUUUCCCAUGAUGAAUCUUUGGGCUGUGAUCGUCUGUAUAAAAAGGCUGCGAGCGCGCCAACACUGUGGCCUUGCUGAAGUCUUCGGAUCAUCACUUUGAUAAUCCAACACUGCAAGAAGCAUUCAAACCCAACAACGAAAAGUGACCAUGAGAUUGUCCUCCAUAAUCCUAGUCGCCGGCCUUGGGCUUGGCAGCGGCGCUCUCGGAUCGGUUACUUACCGCCGUGAGGAGUCGAACUGGACCAACGACAGCCUGACGAGCGUGUUUUCGCAGCAAGCCAACGGGGUCUUUCACCCUCGCACUGUGAUCUCGUUCCAAGGCCAGGAGUGGUUCGAGAACGUCACUGAGAGGUGGGAUAUCUACGCUCCCCCUACCUUUAAGGUUUCGGUUUCUCCUUCCACGGAAAAGGAUGUCGAGUCUGCUGUAAAAUUGGCUGCCAAGUUCAAGAUUCCCUUCCUUGCCACAGGAGGCCGUCAUGGCUACGGGACGACGCUCGGCAAGCUGAAGAAUGGCCUCAGCAUUGACCUGAGCCUUCUCAACCAAUUCUCGAUUGACUCUAAAGCCGCCACCCUGACCGUUGGUCCUGGUGUCCGGUUCCGCGAUAUCUUCACUCCGUUGUACGAGGCCGGGUUCCAAGUCCCUACCGGUACCUGCUCCUGCGUUGGUAUGAUUGGAGCCACACUGGGAGGCGGCAUUGGUCGGCUUAAUGGCCUUGAUGGGCUUAUUAUCGACGCCCUUGAGUCAGCAAGGGUUGUGACGGCCGACGGCCGCACCCUCACCGUAUCAGAAAAGGAGAACAAGGACUUGUUCUGGGGCAUGCGAGGCGCUGGACAGAACUUUGGCGUCGUCGUCUCGGCCACUUACAAGCUCAAACCCCUGUACGCCGCCGGGGUAUGGACCAACGUCGACCUGAUCUUCUCACCCGAAAAGAACGCAACUUAUUUUGACGUGGUCACGAGCAUGGAGGUACCACCUCAGCUCACAAUCGCCAGCGUCAUCACCUACAACAACACGCUCAACGAGCCGCAGAUCAUCGCAACUCUUACCUGGACUGGCCCGCGCGACGAGGCCCUGGCCGCCAUGAAGCCCAUACUCGACGUCGGCCCACGGCACACCGAGGUCACCGAGGCGACUUACGCGACGCUCCCGCGCAUCGCCACCUUUGGCACGACCGACGCCGUCUGCACUCCGAACCAGAUCUACGACAUCUACGGCGUUGGGCUGCGCAAGCUCGACUCGGCCGCCUGGCGAUCCACAUUCACCAAGAUGGCGCGUUUCUACGCCGCCGAGCCCGCAGGCCGCAGCUCGGCCAUCCUCUACGAGACCUGGCCCAUCCAGGCCACGGUUGCUGUGCCCGACGACGCAACCGCCUACCCCUGGCGCGACGCAUCCACCUACGUGCUGAUCCAAAUGCGCUGGGACCGGCCUGGAAACCCGGUCGAGAAGGUCGCUGACCGCUUGGGCGCCGAGCUGAGGAAAGACCUGUCCGCGACUGGGGGUUACGAGGGCGCCGGCCCAGCCGUUUAUGUCAACUAUGCCCACGGCGACGAGAGGCUUGAGGACAUCUACGGCGCUCGCAAGCUGCCCCGUCUGGCAAAGAUCAAGAAGCAGUACGACCCAAGCAACGUGUUUCGAUUCCACCACGCCCUGCCGACAAAGUACCCUUGAUCUGUCGCAGAGAGGGGGUGUAGUUGGGGUUUGUACGAUGUUUGAUUUUUUAAUUUCUUUUUGUGAAUAUUUUACACACUAUAGAUCUCUUUUGUUCCUACCGCUCUCUACCUUUCCUUUGUUUUGUAUAUGGUGCUAUUUAAGUUCUACAAGCCAGGUUUGGAUUCAACCCUGUAUAAAUUUAUUUGGAUACACUGGAUACAGUCACUGCCAGUGUCAGUGACGUGUCAUUGUGCCUGCGAGCUUUCAACUUUUGUGUAUUUUACAUUAAUAAACAAUUGUUUUUCAAAUCAAC